AUGUCUUCUCGAGGGAGUGAGGUGAGCGAACUGGCCGUGACAUUCCAUCCCGCGCUGUACCUGCAGAGGCGAGGUUGGGUGCUUGACAUUAUGCGGCGCGAGGGCGUUACUGAGAUCCUCGACAUCGGUUGCGGCGAGGGUGAGCUGCUGUCGUGUCUAUGCAACCCCGCACCAUGGCUAGCGCCGCCGCCACCGGACGUCCUGCCACCCGCGACCGACGCAAGCCCAGCCGAAACGGAUGUUCUGAAGGAACUCCACGAAUGGGUGCUGCACCCAACUAGAAUCGCUGGAUUAGACAUCUGCAAGUCCGAGCUCGAGUGCGCAGCACGCGUUACGAAGCCACCAGAACCCGACAGGGACGACGUCCCGUGGCACAGUACGCCCGUGCGCUGGGAGCCUCUCGAGGUGAAGAUCUGGGAGGGCAGCUUGGAGCACGUCAACGCAGAGUAUGCGGGGGUAGAGUGCAUCGUGGCCACCGAAGUCAUCGAACACCUCCCCGAACACGUCCUCGACCGCUUCGCGCCCGUCGUCUUCGGGGCGUACCACCCGCGCCUCGUCCUCCUCACCACGCCCUCCUUCACCUUCAACGCGCGCUUCACCGCGCCCGACGCUCCCUACGAAGCCCGCUCGGGCUGGCGCGACCCGACCGGGCGGACGGAUCGCAUCUUCCGGCACCACGACCACAAGUUCGAGUGGACGGUCGAGGAGUUCGAGCGGUGGUGCCAAUCCGUGGCGGGGGAGUGGGGGUAUACGGUGGAGAUCGAGGGCGUAGGCAAAGCGCAGGAGAAGGACGAGUGGGGGCGGGACGACGCGCUCGGGUGGGCGACUCAGUGCGCCGCGUUCACGCGGAUCGAGGGCGGAGACUGGGUCACGAAGAGGGCCGCCGCCCUCUGGGAGGCGUCGGACAGGCUGCACGCGAGGACAGGCUCACCAGGGCCCCACUCCCUCUUUGCGAGUCAUCGCUUCGCCGCGAACGACGCCUCCCGCAGCCCCAAGCCCCUGGACGUCGUCGGGGAGCUCGUAUUGUCGAAGAUGCUCUACCACCGCGAGACGUCGAUCGCCUUGAACGAGAUCUGGUUCGAGCGGGAGGUCGAGCUCGCGUGUGGCGGCUGGAUCGACUGGCUUGUCCGUGCCAUCCAAGAGCACCCUGAUUGA